CUCAGUACAACACACUCAUCACUUUUCUCACAAAUAAGAAGCUUUUCUACAUUCACAUUGUCAAACACACACAACCCAACAACUUUCCCAUCUUAUUAUUAUUAUGACCAUGGCAAUUCUAAAAAGAAGCAGAGAAGAUACAGAGGUGGAAGCACUAGCCAUGGCCAACUGCUUGAUGCUCCUCUCCCGUGUCGGUGAGACUGCAUCAACCAGUCGCGGUGACCGUGUUUUCACCUGCAAGACAUGUAAAAGAGAGUUUUCAUCAUUCCAAGCGCUAGGAGGCCACAGGGCUAGCCACAAGAAGCUUAGAUUAAUGGGAGGAGGAGACCUUCAUGUUCAGACCCCCAGCUCGCCCAUAAAGGCGAGGACUCACGAGUGCUCCAUAUGUGGGCUAGAGUUCGCCCUCGGGCAAGCGCUCGGGGGUCAUAUGAGGAGACACCGUCCUGCUGCCACCAGUGAAGUAGGGUUGUCCUCCGGUGCCAGUAGUAUAAGCAGCAAGAGCAAGUCGUCGACAGAGGAGGCGGUGGUGCCGGUUAUGAAGAAGUUGAGUAGUAGCAACAUCUGCAGCAAUAGAGUUUUGAGAUUGGAUUUGAACUUGACUCCAUAUGAGAACCACAUGAAGAUCAAGAAGUUGCCCCCUUGGUUACCUGCUUGAUUUAAAUUUUUGAUUGACUUGCCACCAAAGUUUUAAAUAUUGACUGAUAUGUUUCUCGAUUUAAAGUUUCAGUUAAUUCGGUAUUAAGAUUUUAAAUAUUGAUUGAUACUAUCCGAUAUAGAUUGUAGUUGGAUUGUAAUAGUGCUAUUUGAAUUUAUGUUUUUGUUUUGAAAUUUGGUUUUACAUUUUAAGAUAAAUUACACAUCAGUGACACCUUUCAA